AUGGAAGGAGGAGGCAACCAGAACGAAGCGUGCGCGGGCCUCUUCGCCCACGCCGACAGCGUGUGCGGCACUGCGACUGCGACGACGACCAACGACGCCCUCGCUCCGGCAUGCCGCGAGGCCACUGCCCGCGCCCUCUCCUGCCUGCGGGCGAAGAGCACGUUCAUGGGUCCGCGCGCGCGCGUCGUGCUCGAGUGUGUGGCGGAGCACCGACGCGACCCCAGCCCCUGCAAUGGCCUCCGCGAGGACUUUGAGCGCGACACCACCCACAUCCGCGAGCAGGCCAAGCUCGACGAAGGUUGGCAGAAGCGGAUGGUGGAGCUGUGCGAGGGUCCCUUCACCCGGCUGCACAAAUGCCACGCCCUCAUGGCCGCCCAGGGCGGGGAGCAGCGCCUGGCGGAGGUAUGCGAGGAACCCCUGGACGAGAUGUCGGCGUGCAUUCAGCGCGUGGCGUGCCCCGCCCGCCUGAGCGCCGUCCGCGCCUGCCUGCAAUCCAGCGGGGGCAGGGAGGAGGUGUGCGAGGUGGAGGUGGACCGGUGGGUGGGAUGCACCCUCAACACCGCCGUCGAGUCCCUCCGGGGCCUCAGCGGCUCGCGAGCGUGA